CGCUCGCAGUUAGUCGUCGGUAAAGACGCGCUGUCUGCGUUUCUUGCAAUUAUUGAUACGCAAUCUGCGCAGUUGGACAAGCAAUCGAUUUGCCGGAUUCACGACUGUUUGUCAUGUUUUAAAACGGAGGCGGUUCGUGUUGUUUGUUUGCAAAUUGUCGCCGGUAUGCAAAUGCAAUUACAGUGUGUUUUUGUUGUUGUUGCUGAAACAGUGUGCAAAUGAAAGUUGGCGGCAGCUACAGCAGCAGGAACGGCAAUCACAAUCAUCGCAAAUCGCAUCAUUUGCUUUUGAGCAACGGAAUCGGUUGGGUGUUUAUUCUGGUGUUUAUUGUGUUGUGAUUGAAAGUUAAUCGUGAGGGGAGAAUUUUCGACGUCUCUUACCCUUCCCGUCUCAAAACAUGUUCAUUAAAAACUGCUAAAGUGCACAUCAAGAAUUAAAUAACAAAAUUUUAAUAAGCUACAAUACAUAAAGGCAAAGCCGCUUAAAGGCAGUGUGUAGUAAGAAUAUUUUCGCUGACCCCAAAAACGCUGUUAACUGGGUCAGCAGUUUUGUGCAGAAUUGAGUGCAACUUGGUGACGAAACGAACUGAACUUGAAACAUAAUAAAAUUGUCGAUUGAUAAACAUUUGCAAUUGACGGGAUUUCGAUUGGCCUCGUCAACUAGCCAAGUGCCUUUUAGCCACUUGACAACAAACAAUAAUAUUAUUGGCAAUAUCCGAGUGUGCAAGUUCAAAUGACGGCGUUGCUGUAGCUUCAAUUGCACCAUGAAAGGUAUUUGUGGCGAUGCCAAGCAGCAGAUCAACCAUUGUAUGUUUCUGGGCGACUCUGAAAAUGGGAUUGGGAUUGCGAAUGGGAAUGCGAAUGAGAAUUUCAUCGGUGCAUCGCCAGUGCAUCGAGGCGGUCGCACAUUUCGGUCGCGUCAAGUGUCCAGUCUGGCAAUACGGAAUACCAGCUCGUAUGAUACCAUGGAGCGACCCUUUCGACCUGACAACCUACGCGGUCGCUGGUCCAAAUCGGUGGAUUUCUAUUUUGCCAGCUCGAGCUUCGCCUUCAGCACAAUGGCCUUCUCAGAUGUACCCGUCUGGGCAUUAAUGUUCGGCGGUUGGAAAUUCUAUCUAAGUGCCUAUCUGUUGUCUGUUUGUUUCUAUUCGUUGCCCAUUUUUCUGAUACAAACAUUUUUGGGGCAGUUCUCCACUUCGGGUGCGAUCUCUGCAUUUCGUGUGUCACCAAUAUUUAAAGGUAUCGGCUAUUCGAUAUUAUUGCUUAAUCUGGGCACACUAACGUAUUACAGUGUUAAUGCGGCUGUGCCACUGAUUUAUGCCGUUAACUCGUUGCACAGUGUCAUGCCUUGGAUGAGUUGUAACAACUCGUGGAAUUCGCCCCAAUGUUCCACACACGAUAGCUACGAUGAGGAGUCCGAUGCUGAUCUAUAUCCGCACUCCACUGUAGAGUAUUUUCACUCCAUGAUAGGUUCCAUUAAGGAAGGCUCCAGCGAUUUCUCGUUAUCUUGGUCCAUGGUUGUAGCCAUUCUGGGCAUUUGGUUUGUAGUACUUGUCUUGCUCGUGACCCGUGUCUCCAUUAUUGGUAAGGCGUUACGUUGUGCCUGUGUGCUGAUGUUUGGAUUCUUUCUGUCGGUUUUUGUCUAUAUGGUAAUACAUGAACAGGUCGGCUGGCGGAGUCUGUUGUAUUAUCUGCAUCCUGCGGUCGAUAGCUGGGAGGGUAUAUGGUCAUCUCUGGGCACAGCGAUAUUGCAGGCCAGCAUGAUAUUGGGUCCUGGCUGGGGCAGUGUCAUAACCCUCGGCAGCUACAACAGCUUUCGCACCGAUGCCGAACGAAAGAGCGUUUGGGUGAGCAUAACUCAUGUCAUCAUCACGGUGAUGGCCAUCAUAUGUGGUCAUGUGGCAAACGAUCACUUUGAGGAUCAUGUCGCCAUGUGGCAUGUAGAGAAGAAGCACACAAUGCAGUUUACAUAUGUAGCCUAUGCCUAUCUCUUUGGUAGCUUUACAACACUGCCCAAGCUCUGGUCUUUUCUCUUUUUUGUCGUCAUCUUUUUAUCCGAAAUGUGUGCCCUGAUCAUUCAGAUGAUGUCCGUGCUGACGGCGCUGUUCGAUGAGUUUGAGGUGCUGCAUAAAAUAAAACGACAGGUUACAAUUAUUCUCGUGCUUUGUCUUACUUCUAUAUCCGUUUAUUUUUGUACCCAGCUGGGCUUUAGUCAGGUGAGCGCUUUGUCCUAUAUAGCGCUGUUCACACAGAUUAUCUUUUCGGCACUUUUAAUACUGAUGACCACCUGGAUCUAUGGACGUGUGCGUUUCCAAUGUGAUCUGCAGUUUAUGCUGGGAAAAACGAUCUCAGAAUCGAAGAUAUUCGCCAUUCGCUUUAUUGCCCCAUGCUUUAUAGCACUUGCUCUGUGGGAGCUAAGCAUAAUGCUAGUAAGGAGUAACGCGGACGAUACACUGAUCUGGUUUUCUCAGGGUUUUAUCUAUCUAUUUGUCGUGGGCUAUAUGAUCUAUAAAUUGAGCCAGACAAAUGGAACAUGGCGUCAACGUAUGAGACAAUGUUUUGCUCCUCACGAUUGGCAUCCUGUUAGUGCUGAUAAUCGACGAUUCUAUGAAGAAAUUAUGGGCAACUCCGAAAUGCUCGUUUUCGAUAAUGGAAAUGCCACAUAA